GAGGAGGCGGCGGCGGAGGAGGAGGAGCAGCUCCUGAAACAAACAGGAAGCAGCACCGCUCCUCUCCACCUGUGGGGCCGAGUCCUGAACACACACACCGAGGGAGAGCCCAGCUGAGCCUCCUCACACACACACACACACACAUACUCACAGGACCUGUGAAUAACUUCCAGCUCCUCUCCCGGCGCCUCCUUCACCGACCUCCUGCCGGAGACAGACUCAAGAUGCAGUGUCCCAGAAGCAAUCCACACACCCCCAGUGAGAAGCAGAGGCACAGAAAAUAAGAGACUUUAGGAAAGAGCAGGUCCUUAUGGUUGAGGUGGCGUGCUGUGCCCCUUGCCAUGCCUCCUGCCAUGACAGACCUCCUGGACAUAUGGGCGGCCCACUCGCCCCUGGCCGGACACGCUCCGGACCAGAUCACUGUGGACUUUCUGCUGCCCACUGGUAUCUACAUUCAGAUGGAUGUUCCGCGUGAGGCCACCAUUCAGCACAUCAAACUGCUAUUAUGGAAACAGGCUCAGACGUUGCCGCUCUUUGCCGCCCUGGGCGAGAUGGAGAGCCACAUGUUCGAGUGUGUCAACCAGGCGGCCGUGCACGAAGAACUGGAGGACGAAACUCGCCGGCUGUGCGACGUUCGCCCCUUCCUGCCAGUGCUCAAGCUGGUGACGCGCAACUGCGGCCGGGCAGAGCGUCUGCUGGACUCCAAAAUCGGCGUGCUCAUUGGCAAAGGUCUCCAUGAGCUCGACGCUAUCAACGACCAGGAGGUGAAGGAUUUUCGCAGCAAGAUGUUUCGCAUGAGCGAGGAGAGGAUGCUGCGAGUCCAGACCAUGACGAGAACAGAGUGGCUCCAGGCCUGCUUCUCCCCACAGCUGGAGCCAGAGGCCGGAACGGCAGUCACCGACUCAGCCGACCUGAAAGUCACUAUCCACUUUGACCAGUCUCAGGACUCAGCCAGUCUGAAGGUGCCAUCGUCCUGCACCACCUCAGAGCUGAUGGAGCUGGCAGUGAAGAAGUGGCUGACCACCCAUGGCCCCGAGGAGGAGGCAUGGAGGAGUCAGUAUGUACUGAGGCUCAGCAAGUGUCAGGAGUUCCUCUGUGGAAACCACCAGCUGAUUCAGUACAAGUAUAUCCGUACAUGCAUGCAGGCCAAGGACUCUCUCCACCUCACCCUGGUCCACAACGACACUGUCAAAGCCAUGUUUGAAAAGGAAAUCUGCACCAUUGGAGCUGUUGUUAGCCGCAAGUCCUCCAACCCACCUUUACCACUACCUCCCAAGAGAAGGGUUCCCACGCAAGUACAGACGUGUGUGUGGGACGUGUCGAGCCCGUUUAAGAUAGUCCUUGUGAAUGCCAGUAAGGUGAAUGCAGAGGAGACGGCCAAGGUCCAGGUGAGGGCGGGGCUUUUCCACGGCACAGAGCUCCUGUGCAAGCCGGCGGUGAGCGGUGAGAGCAGCGGGCGCUCGGACCACAUGUGGAAAGACAGCACCCUGGAGUUUGACAUCUCCGUCUGCGAUCUGCCGCGCAUGACCCGCCUCUGCUUCGCCAUCUAUGCCGUCAUGGACAAGGUCAAGAAGCAGAAGUCCACCAAAAACCCUCACAUAAACAAAUACCAGACCAUCCGCAAGGCAGGGAAGGUGCACUACCCUAUAGCUUGGGUCAAUACCAUGGUGUUUGACUACAAAGGCCAACUGAAGACCGGAGAUAUCAACCUGCACUGCUGGUCUUCCUUUCCUGAUGAACUUGAAGAAAUGCUGAACCCCAUAGGAACCAUUCAGACCAACCCGUACACUGAGAACGCCACAGCACUGUACAUCCACUUCCCAGAGUACUCGUCGCACCCUGUUAUCUUCCCUCCCUUCGACAAGAUACUGGAAAAAGCUGCAGAGAUCGCUGGAUCAAGUGACUGUGCACCCAUGGGUCGUGGGGGAAAGAAGUUCCACAUAGAACUGAAGGAGAUCAUGGAGCGUGACCCGCUCUCCCAGCUGUGUGAGAACGAGAAGGAUUUAAUCUGGACACUACGCCAUGACUGCCAUGAAAAUUUCCCUCAGUCACUGCCCAAGCUGCUACUCUCUGUCAAGUGGAGCAAACACGAGGACAUGGCCCAGGUUAGCCAGUUGAAUUUCUGGGACUGUUGUCUCUCUGCUGCCCCCUACAGGUCAGAGAUCCACAUGCCAGCUGUUUCAGUCCAGUUUUCCCUCAUCCUGGAAGCCUACUGCCGAGGCAGCAUCCCUCACAUUGAGGUUCUUAAGAAACAGGUGGAAGCCCUGAGUAAGCUAAAGGCAGUCAAUGAGCUGAUAAAGCUGGGAACCACCAAAAAUGUCCGGAGUAAGAACAAGGAGGCAAUGUUGACCAAGGAGGCCAUGAUGACUUGCCUGAGGCAGAGUGGCUACUCAGAGACUCUGUCCGACCUGCACUCGCCUCUAAACCCCAGUGUCCUGCUGUCUGGCAUCAACGUGGAGAGGUGUCGGUACAUGGACUCUAAGAUGAAGCCGCUCUGGAUUGUUUACAACAACAAGCUGAUGGGGGGAGACACCCUGGGAAUCAUCUUCAAGAAUGGAGACGACCUAAGGCAAGACAUGUUGACGCUCCAGAUUCUGAGGUUGAUGGAUUUGCUGUGGAAGGAGGCAAAUCUAGACCUCAGAAUUGUACCGUACGGUUGCCUAGCGACAGGUGACCGGGCAGGGCUGAUCGAGGUUGUUUCCUCUGCGGACACGAUCGCCAACAUCCAGCUGACCAGCAGCAAUGUGGCAGCAGCUGCCGCCUUCAACAAGGACGCUUUGCUCAACUGGCUCAAAGAGAGAAACUCUGGUGAUGCUCUGGAUCGGGCCAUCGAGGAGUUCACUCUGUCCUGUGCAGGCUACUGUGUAGCCACCUAUGUUCUGGGCAUCGGAGACCGCCACAGUGACAACAUCAUGGUCCGCAGCACUGGACAGCUCUUCCACAUAGACUUCGGCCACAUCCUGGGCAACUUCAAGUCCAAGUUUGGCAUCAAGAGGGAGCGUGUACCAUUCAUCCUCACGCACGACUUCAUCCACGUCAUACAGCAGGGGAAGACGGGAUACACAGAAAAGUUUGCCAGGAGGGUGGUACAAACAUUCACUGGAGUCACGGGUCCAGAUCUCUCCGUCAUGGAUUCACUGGCUCUGGGUAAAACAGACGAUGAGGCGCUGAAGCAGUUUCGCCAGAAGUUUGAUGAGGCCCUGAGAGAGAGCUGGACAACCAAAGUCAACUGGAUGGCCCACAACGUGGCCAAAGACAACCGGUCCUAGAGCAGCUACUACCCCUGAGAGUGCCGGGGGUUCAGGGGCCAAGAGGACACAGUGAAGACAGUGUGUGUGUGUGUGGGGGGAGAGGAAAUGUGACAAUGGAGUCAGGGGCACAUCCACCUAUAUUUAAAGAAGGGAAUCUAGCAGAGUAUCCCAAAUCUAGCAGAUUGGACCCCAUGUACCAUACAUGCAGAGUAAACCUACUCCUCCAGACUGUCCAGUUACCCUCUGUAUCCCCCUCACCUGCCAUCACUCUGACCUGGUGCCUCCGGAAAAGUACAAAUUCACGGUCUCGUGACAUUUCUGUGGAAUCAUGGUUGGUAACGUCGCUGCUCAUUUUGCACAGGCACAACAGCUGAUGGAGCACACAGCCAAAGGAAGGGAACUGAAGCACCCACUCUGCCCACACUAAACAUGAACCAGUCCCUAAGCAGCGGGCUGUUGAUUGGAAACCACAUUUCGGAGCGGUAGAAUUUUGGUGAAACUUUGGUGACGGAUUUGAGACUCUGCAUGCACGGACACUGAAUGGGCACAUGGCGUAACCCCGCCCCUGGACUGUUUUAAGUAUAGCGGAGAUAGCAGAUGGGUGGGGGCAACGGAGGAAGACAAAAGAAUUCAACCCAACAACCCCCCCAUGUCUUAAAACAAUGUGCACAACUCCCACAGGAAGUGCAUCUUAACAGUCUCGCUGCCUCAAAGUGUGCCUCAAAACUGCGGGAAGAUUGUAUUUUUUUAUGAUUUUUCUGUGUCUUUUGCCAUUUAAGAAUAUCCCCAGACUUCUAUGUGCCAGACCAUUACACUAGCCCACCAAAAUAAAACAUGCGAGAGGGAAAUAUUGAUUCAAAGAGAAGGAUUGAUUAGAGAAAAAAAACGCUUUUUGGUCCACAGUUUGAAACUCAGUUCAUGUGAACCACUGAACACUGGAAUGUUUUUAGAAAGAUGUAUAUUUCAGUUGCAUUGUUAGUUUCUUUUAUUUUGAAAUGACAAUUUGCAUUGUUUAUUUCAUAUGUCUUCAUACGAGAGCAUUAUUGGACAAAGCGUGAACACCUGUGAGUUGUCACUGUAUGUCAGCCUUUUAAAGCGCCCGCCCAAACCAUGACGAAUAAACUCACUGAGAAAUAACUGAUGCUUUUAACGUGGUAGGACCAAAACAAAAAAUGCAUUGUAUUGUUUAUACUGUGUUUUUAAUGAUCUGCUUCAGAAUUGAAUGUGCAAACAUGUGCCGCUCUCUUUUUAAGUGUAUUUGUUUUUAUACGAGCAGGUGUAGGCGGGGUUUCUCAGUAGGGACGUUACACUGCAAUGCAAAACUACUUCCCCCAUUCCCGACGUACGGUGUUUGAUUUUCGUGCAAUAUCCGAGUAUAUGAACCAUAUCUUAUUAUAUUAAACCUUGGGCGCAGACCUGAACCUGUACUGGUUAUGUCUGUUGGUUUAUGUGUGAUGCAGCUGUGUUUCGCACCACUAGCCUUCAAAUGUCUCAGUCACUGGAUAUUGUCAAAUAUACAGGCUUUUAUUGUUUUGCUGGUUUUUGUUUUCAUAGGAGUUUUAUUAAAGUUAUUUUCCACUUG